AAGGAGUCGCUCUGGUCCUAUACAAGAUCCUCGACUUCUACCCCCAGGAUACCCGCUGUGUCGACUGCUUUGGUGGCGGUCCCCGUCCCAAAGCUACUGAAGAAUAGGAAGCUUCCGAUUAAGAAAUCAGCCCGGUAAGUGCUUUUGCGUCUUGUUUUAACUUGUAACUCUGGAAUUCUUGAAGCCAUAAACUUUUUCGAGUCUUUAUCUUGUCGUUCAACUGCUGUCGUAUAGCAAAGCCGCCGAUCUGGGGUUGCUGGUUCCAUCCGUUGCAGCACCAGCCCCCAAGCUUGACUCCGCAACAGCAGCAUCGGCUGCUUCCGUGCUCUAAGCCGCGGUCAGGUCCGUUCUUCCAACAUCCACCGCCGAAAGAGCUCCCGUAGAUUCCAAGGAGGGAACGCCGAAUGGAGUAGAGGACGCUCCCCCGAGUGGUCAUGGUGCCACUCUGCUGCUCGAAGGACCCAAGACCCAACAGGCAGAUCAGCCAUCAAUAGUUGAAGAGCAGCCAAUGAUGAGUGCUGGUUCUGGAAUGGAAAUGGACCAUCUGCCAGUAGCUGAGGAAGCUCCUUUAGGGGUCUUCCCGCUAUCGGUAGAUCGGGUCACGUCAGCACAAGAAGAUUUGUCAAAAUGCCGGAAAUUUCUAUCGGAACUGGCCAAUUUUGACACUGCCAAAUUUCUGGAGUUGGAGAGGUUGAAGGCUGAACAAGCUCAAGAAAACCAGCUACUGAAACAACAAAUGGCAGACCUUGCGAAAGACAACAGGUCUUUGCAAGAAAAGAAUAAACUAAUUACAAAGAAACAUAGAGAUGAAAUGGAGAGGUUCAAAAGAAUGUUGAAAGAUGCUGACAAGCAGCUCGCCAAGACUCUCCAGUAGAUCAAGAAGAUGGCGGAGGAGAAAAAUCUCCGUGAAAGGGAGCUCAAUGAGCUGAAGGUUGCUGCGCAGGCUGUGGUGGAUAUGGUGGAUCCACUCGAGGAGAGUACCCAAGUUGGAAGAACUUUGCUGGAGCAACUGCAAGGUAGUCCACAGAAGAUCAUGAGGUAUCUCUGGGAUACCACCCGAGGUUACGUGUCACACGUACUCGGGUUGGUAAAAUCUUAUUGGCCGCAGGCGAAUCUUGUUCCCCUAGGCGAGGGCAUUUCUGCUGAAUGUUCAGAAGAAAUAUUUGCCACCUUUGUGCAAGAAGUGAUGCCAGUAGCAGAUAGGAUUGUGGACAAUCUAGAACAGGAGCCGAGCGUAGAGCCUUGAACAGCCUUUGUCCAUUCGAUAAGUCUUUGCAUGUUUUAAUUCAAUGUGACUUGUAUUAUGAUGUUGUUGCUGUGUUGGAACAAAACAGAAGUCAAACUUUUGAUAUCUGUAUAUAUUCCUUAUUUUUUGCUCGCA